AUGUGCACUGCCAGCACCGACCAAGAUGCCUCCGAUGUUUGUAGCUCUGCUCUAGGCAGCGGCUAUUCGUGCGCCACGGGGCUCAUCUACGACGCCAACUCGUUAGGCAAAACGUACUCCUGCAAGCUGUCGAGCGAUCUUCAAGUUCUUUUCCCGGACGGCGCUAUUGAUGUGAGCUGUGAACGAGACGACCAGGGCGACGGCAACUGCAUUGCUGCGGUUUACAAGGCCAAGGAGACGGUGAACAGUGAGCAUGUCAUCGACUGCAACAUGACGCAGUGCUCAUUCACUACCGGUAGUGCCAAUGGAGAAUGUGGCGAGAUCAACUGUAAAUGUGGCUCCGAAUGUUCGGCCCUGUCCAAAUCCCUAGUUGAGGGAUCGCUGAGUGGGAAACCUGCGAAAAUUCAAGUUGAGGAGUCUCAAGUGCUCACUAUCGUAAUUGAGGGGUCACCGCUCCCUCUGUCCGCUACAUGCAACGCCUCAGCUUGUGAGCUUACUGGAAGCGACGACGCUACUCAAAGCAGUGGAACGUUGAGUACAGCGAGUACAGAGGACGGUACCGACACGGGUGGGGAGGUGCUGGCUGUCGUGGCCUGUGCGGCCCUCGCGGCCUUGUUACUUCUCGGGUGCUUCUCGUUCUGCUGCUGUGUGGCGGGCGCUCGCAGCAGCCAGAAAGAAGAGGACCUCGAGACGGAACUACUUAAGGUAUCGUCACACUCAGCCAAGAAGCUCGAGUUCCGUAACAUUAGCUGCUUUGCCAGUGUCGACAAGAAGUCGACCGAGCAAAAGACGAUUUUAAACAAGAUCUCGGGAAGCGUUUCCCGUGGUCAAGUGCUUGGGCUCUUGGGACCGAGUGGGUCAGGUAAAACGACGCUACUGAACGCGCUUGCAGCCAUGCAAAACGGCACGUCCAAGCUCUCGGGAGAGCUCUUACUAGACGGUAGUAAAGUGACCAAAGGAUACCGCCGUAUCGCUGCCUACGUCCAGCAAGACGACACCUUGUUCUCGACUCUUACGGUCCGCGAGUGUAUCGCUUACUCAGCGCAACUGCGUCUCCCCAUGUCGAUGACUGACUCGACCAAGACUGCCAUGGUGAACCGCGUGAUUACCGAACUUAACCUUACUCACGUUGCCAAUUCCCGCAUUGGCUCCGUGUCCGACCGAGGCAUUUCUGGCGGCGAGAGACGUCGUGUUAGUAUCGGUAUGGAACUGGUAACUUCGCCUCAAAUCCUCAUUUUGGAUGAACCUACUUCGGGACUCGACAGCUCGUCCGCCCACUCCGUUGUGAAGCUCAUUAAGGAGUUGGCCAGUCACGAUCGUAUUGUCAUUCUGAGUAUCCAUCAGCCAAGCUCACGGUCCUUCCUGCUACUAGACAAGAUCAUGUUGCUGGGUAAAGGACAGCUGCUGUAUAGUGGCAAGCCUGCUGACUCCAAGCAGUACUUCCACGAGCUUGGCUUCAAAUGCCCCGAAGACGACAACGUCGCGGACUUUAUCCUCGAUGUAGCCAUCGACAACACCAACUUGCCUUCGACCAGUGCGCUGGCCUCCUUGCAGUCCACGAUGACUGAGAUUCGCGUGCUGUUCACUCGUACAGCGCAGAACAUCCUUCGCCACCGCUCUUUGCUGGUGCAGCAUGUUGUACUGAGCUUGGUGCUCGCUCUAUUCGGCGGGUUGAUCUUCAACAACGUAUCCGACAACCUCGCUGGCUUCCAGAACCGUAUGGGCGCUUUCUACUUCAUUCUGACGUUCUUCGGCUUCGCAAGCUUGAGUUCCAUGGAUUUAUUCAUCUCGGAACGUCCGAUCUUCCUCCGCGAGACUGGAGCCAUGUACUACGGCGCCUUCAGUUAUUUCUUAGCUAAAAUGACGCUCGACUCGCUGCUGCUUCGAGUGCUUCCUGCGUCCAUCUUUGCCUGUAUCUUCUACUGGAUCAUGGCCCUGCAAGCUUCAGCUGAGCGUUUCUUGCUCUUCUGGCUGACUUUGGUGCUGUUUAACGUAGCGGCGGGCUCCAUCUGUCUGCUCGUUGGUGUGCUCUCAAGACGUGUGGGCUCUGCCAAUCUCGCUGCUACAGUGGUGCUGCUGAUCAUGCUACUGUUCGGAGGCUUCCUGCUUAACUCCGAGACGAUGCCAGACGCCGUUGGUUGGCUCAAACACUUGUCGAUUUUCGGCUACGCGUUCGAGAUCCUCAUGACCAAUGAACUGGAAGGAAUCAUCUUGUCGUUUGACGCUCCGGGGUACCCUGCGGUUCCGGUGUACGGAGAAGUGUACAUCAAGACGUUGGGUAUGGACUACACGCAGCGUUUCUAUGACGUGGCGGCCCUUGCGCUGAUUGCGAUUGUGCUGCAGCUUGCUGCGUACUUGUUCCUGUCCCUACAAGUUCCGAAGCAUCGUGUCAUGGCUCAGUAUGCUAAGAGUGACGGCUCUGGCGGCAAGGAGGAGGGAUACGAGGCGUGCAGCUCGGGUCGCAUUCAUCAGUGA